AUGGACCCCAAACCGUUACAAAUGACCCUGCGCCGGGCCUGCCAAGCCUGCGCCCGGGGGAAACGCCGUUGCGACCAGCGCUGGCCGCGUUGCAGCAGGUGCCAGGGGCGGCGAAUAAACUGCGAAUAUGCCAAUGUGCCUCUUACUGCAGAGUCUCCAGCCAAUGCAGGGACCUCUCCCUCCAUACCCCGGCCCCUGCAGAUGGAAAUCGUCAAGGGCUACGAGCAGCGGAUCAUCUCGCUUCUGGUAACCGGAGUCUCUUCUCUACCGUUACUCUUUGCAGAAAGCAUGAAAACCCACUUCAUUCACCCUGAGCUCUGGCCUGGCAAGCUGGCCCCGCCACCGAUCCAGGACGUCCAUGCCAUCUGCCAACUCUACGCUCACUCUAACAACACCACUAUUCUCCUCGCACUAUUAAAACAGACAUUGGCAUAUCACCACAGGCGAAUAUCAAGCCAUGUCGACUUUGAGGGUCUGCUCGCUUCCGCGCAGGCUUUGCUCCUUACACAAUGCAUGCUCAUCGGCAUAGAGAACCCGUCCAUUCCUUACUCCGAAGCAAACCACGCAUUGCUGCUCGCUGUUAGCCACAAGUUAUGGCAACAAGCUCCGAUCCAGUUGCCCAGCACUCUCAGUCCCAGACGCGCGUGGAUCCUUGCCGAAAGUGUGCGGCGCACUAUCAUUGUUGGCUUCAUGUUGCGGAGUGUGUACUCUCUCAAGAAGAGAAACUACUCCGUACGCACUCCAUUUGUGGACUCCCUUCCAUUCGACAUUCGUACGUCGCUGUGGGAUGAAACUAGUGACAGUUUUAUCAAUGGGGUGGAUAACCCGGCUGAUUCGAUAGUGUCGCUUCAUCAGUAUUCGGGGAUGUUGGAGAACGGUCUAGUCCAUGGAAUUCCCCCUUUUGGUGGGUUAAUCCUCGCAGCCUGUAGGGGGAAGGCGGUUGAGGAUAUUCCAUAUCCUUCUCUGCCUGGGGAUGCGCUCUAA